AUGGCUGAUGAUCAGCUGACCGAUAUUUCGGAUGAGUAUUGGUUGAACAUAAAUGUUUUGAAGUCUGUGAAACGAUUGAUCACUUCUGUCUUUGUUAUUCACAUAAGUUAUCUUCCUACACUGAAUUGUUUUCCACUUUUUUAUCAGGAUGAUGCCAGGUGGCUCUCUGUAGCCAGAAUCAAUACAGCAACUUCAUAUGGAGGCAGUGCGUCAGCUCCACCCUCGUUCUCCUCUUCAUCGGCUUCUCCCUCAUCUUGUUCUACUAAUUCCUGCGGGCAACGUCCUAUCUCGAAGCGAUCAUGUUUUCGUUGGGAUAAGCGUUCACAGUGGACGCGUUCACUGCAGCGUCUUCCGUCUGUGGAUACAGAGACUGAGGGAUUCCCAGGCGGCAACGCGCUGCGGCCGCGUAGACGUCCCCGCAAGUGGGGUUCAGGUCCCAUGAGAUCCAAAAGGAAACGUCUCAUACGAG